UGUUACACUGUAAAGUGAAGGAACGAUCUGUUUUCACAGCGAGUCGGGCGAUCGGCUGGUCCAGUGUCCGAUCUGGUGGUGCCUGAUAGUCAAUAGUCUCUUAUUUUGGGAGGCUGAAGCUGAAGAUGACCUGACAGUCGGUUUGGAAGGCAGUCACUGAGAUACCUGAGCAUAUUUGCACCCACUGGGAGACGUGACAAUGCGCUGCCUGGUUUUUGGACUGGAGGGAGAAGAGGCUUGAGCACCUUUGGGGGGAAUCUGGGCAGGGAAGCAGGACACCUGCCCUCACUACGCCAGCAGUGAAGAUGGCUCCUUCCGUCCUCCUCCUGGAUUGGAGCAGACACGCCAAGGACACGUGGUGACAUGGUGAUCAUUCACAGAAAGACGCUGGAAAAGAAGAAGAAGGCCAAUGAUGUAAUGACCAGGGGUUCCCGUUUGGAGCUGUGUGGCCCUCCAACCAUGAGCCAAGGGACAACGCUGUUCUCCCAUGGAGGUGGGGGCACGGGCAUGUGGGGAGACAUCAGCCACUGCCUCACCAUCCAACAGGAGGUGCCAGGUGCUGGUCUGGACAGCCUUUGGGAUGCGGGCACUGGCGGCGGUAUCACCAGUCUGAUUCGCGACUUGAAGCUGAGCGAAGGCAAGGCGGCCCCCUACCCGUCAGUGGUGGUGGCGGCGGCGCCCCCUAGUAAGCGUCAGUGCCGUUCCCUGUCCUGCUCAGACGAGCCGCCUGGCAGCCGGAGCGCGUGGAAACCCCAGGGCUCGCGGGUGUGGAUGACGGUGGAGAAGCGCCGUUGCCACAGCGGGGGCAGCGUGCAGCGCGGUGCCUCACAGCCAGGGGGCGCAUUCCCUGCCAUGCAACGUAGCUCCAGUUUCAGCCUGCCUACCCGUGCCAAUGGCCUCCCUGAACUGCCCUCCUUUAGCUUCACCAGCAUGCCCUCGCCCUCCUCCUCAUUGGCGGAGCCCCCGCACGUCCUCUAUCUCUCUCAGGAACAAGUCGGCCCCCCCGGAGGGCAGGAGGCCUCCCCCGCCACCUCCCCGGACUCCACGCCAGAGCUGGGCCGGCGGAUGGGUGCAGGCGGGCUGGCGAGGAGCCACUCGCAGCCCUGCGCGCUCAACGAGCGCAAGAUCGGCAUGAAACGCAGGAGGCUGGAGGAGGUGCGGGAGCAGAGGCCGUCCCUAGACUUGGCCAAGAUGACCCAGAAACUCUCGACUUUCUGCAGCCUCAGCUGUCCGGGCUUUACGGAGACUUCCUGCUGUAGCCCCGCCCCUCCCUGUAGCAACGGCACCAAGCAGCCGAUUGGCUGCGACAGUCAGGGGGUGGAGCCUUGGCACAUGGUGACGCGUCACGAAGACCCGUCUGGAAAGGAACCGGGUGGCUAUUCAGCCGGAGGCGACGCGGGCGGGUGCUGGCUCGGCCCGUGCAGCUCCGGGACUGAUGCGGAGCGGCUGGGUGGCGAGCUGGACAUCGAGCAGAUCGAGAGGAACUGAUGCGAGUGUCUCUGAUACGGGGGGGGAGCACAACACAGCCAGGCUCAGGAUGGACAUUACUGGCAGAAUGUGGAGACCACCUGACUCCCAGUGAAGCACGCAAUACAGAGAGAGUUCAGAAGGACCACAAUGCUUUGCCAGCACCCUGGACACGCACAAUCGUUUUAUAUAUACGAGUAUAUAUUAUUCUUAUUGUGAUUGUUUUUUGGGAUAUAUAAAAAAGGACCUACUUCACGUGCACUCAUCCGGGGGGGGGGGGGGGGGGUGCUGCGGACUCUGAUGCGACAGGUUCUCCCGUCAUGGGGGGAUGGGGGUGAAUUUCACACCAUAAUUUUGUAAUGGGGUGAUUAGCACUUUGUGAAACCUCUUUGUCGCCUAAAUCCCCCCCCCCCCCGUCACCCCCACAGCAUUCCCUGUCGGGGAAAGAAAAUGAGGACACAUGAGAACCUGAAGGAAAGCACCCCAAGGUGGCUCAUGGGAAACGCCGCCUUCUAUAAAUGGACACCCAUCACGCACAGCACUGCUCAGUAGACGGCAGCGAUAUUUUGUAAAGACGGAGCAAACUGAUGACCGAUUCCUACAUUUGGAGAUUUGGUCAGCAUCAGUUUUUUUUUUUUUUUUCUUUUUAUGAUUGUAGCAAAAAAAUAAAAUGAAAUACAAAUAUUUCUAUAUAAAUAAACACUGAAUUGUAAAGCUAUGUAAGAGAAAUAUUUCAUAAGGUCACUUGUGAAUAGGCCCUGAGAUGUAAAAAGGGUUAAAUUCAUGAGUCACGCCGAACCGAAGUCUUAAUAAAAUGGUUCCUAGUAUUUUUUUUAA